AGGGAAAAAAAAGCCGAAAGCGAGCCAAAACAAAAAAAUUAAAGCAGAACAAAAAAGUUCCUAAAUUUCCAAGCUUUUUGCUUAGUCAAGAAGCCUCUCCUCCGAGAAUUCUCGCCGAUGAAACUACGAGCACACUGGAAAGUCUAAAACUUUUGGCUUCUCCGUUCGCGUUCUACUUUCUCUGGUUAAACUUCAGGAGCAAUGUUUGGAAAUGUGGAAGACUAUGGAGAGAUGUUUCAAGACAGUAUUUUUCAGACAAGAAGCGGUUCACUUUCUUCAACAAAUCAAAUUGGAAACCGUGUUGCGUACAAGCUUGUGCGGGUUGCAGGAGAUGGGACUCUAGUUCCUGCAACUGAUGAAGAAAUGUUGAAGGUCAAGGAUUUGCUUGAGAACAACGAGCAUGUUAACGAGCAUGAUAUGCCUGUUUUACCAGAGCCUAUACAAACUGAAAAGUACAUUGCCGAUGAAGGUUCACCUUCUCAGUUUCUGCAGCUAGAAAACUUUGAAGGCUUAUUUCAGUCGGAAGCUGCAGAAGCAUAUACAGAAAAUUUGAAUUCUCGACAUGAGUCUAAAGAGGAAUUGAUGUAUGGAACUCAGAUGCUUUUUGCUCUUCCGGAUACCAAAUUUCAAAUUUCUAAUGAGCUGCCUGGGAAUGUGGAGCAAGUCAAAUCCGAAGUUUUGCUGUCAGAACCAAUUCUUUUUUCAUCAAAUGGAUGCAGUAUGAAUCAAUCUACGGAUGACUUAAAUGCUACAGGUAGUCCUAAAGAACCUAAAGAAGCUGCAUUGUCAACUGCUGCCUCGAAACCUGAAGUUUCUAGAGUAGCAGGCGAGAUAUGCUUGGAUAAUCUUUCAAUUAGAGCAUUACAAGAAACAUUCAGCGCCACGUUUGGUCUCGAAACUACUUGCAAGGACAAACGAUGGCUCAAAAGGAGAAUCACAAUGGGACUGAUUAAUUCAUGUGUAGUUCCAACAACUACCCUGACAAUUAAUGAUAACAAACUGAUUGGUGGAGAUAAAGAUGCAAUUGAUGCUUUUAGCAAGGAUACAUUAGAUGAAGAAAGAGCUAUUGAAAGCAAAGAUACACCAUCUACUCCUGACUGCAUAAAGGGGCAUUUAGAUGAUUUUGGGCAUACUCCUGUUGAAACUUUUGUGGACUAUUAUUCUGGAAACGAAGAUUUUGAAGGUGGACAGAGGUCUGCAAAAAGAGUUAGGAAGCCUACAAGGAGAUAUAUUGUAGAAACUUCAGUAACCAAUGAAAGACAACAAAGUGACGAGUCAAUGAUCCCAUCAAAAGAUCAGAGCUCUAUUCAAGCCGUUUCUUCAGGAGGGGGAGUUGUUGUCACCAGGAUGGUAUCCCUAGCUGGUUCAAGAAUUCAGGUUCCCUAUGUUUCUCAUGGAAGAAGAAGCCGUCCAAGAGAAAACAUAAUGGCUCUCGGGGAAUUUCAUUCCAAGUCAUGGGAGGUGAAAGCUACUCCAGACAAGGGAAACCUGAAUCUAACCCCAUCUCAGUUGAAAAAUGAUGUGAACCGAGUUCCAGGUGUCAAAUCUGCGCCUAAACGCGUCCAGAAAGAAAGCGACAAGGACCAUUUAAAACCAAUUUUCACUGAGGUGGAUCAAGACAUGAUGGAGCCAGAGCUCUUAGACUCAUCUGGAGAUAGCUCAGAUGAUAAUUGCGUUGAUGUACCAAUCACGCAAAGUGCAAUUAGAAGGAAGCUUCAUCGAGCUUGGACUGUCUCUGAAGUUGAAAAACUAGUCGAAGGUGUGUCCAAAUAUGGAGUAGGGAAAUGGUCUGAUAUCAAAAGGCUUUCAUUUUCACCAUACACACAUCGUACCUCUGUGGAUCUCAAGGACAAAUGGCGAAAUUUACAAAAAGCAAGUUCUUUAAACAGAAUGGGAGGAGGUCUUAAGAAACAUGGAUCAAUGGCCAUUCCUAGUCACAUUAUGUUGCAGGUAAGAGAGCUUGCUCAGAAACAAUCACCAAUUUCACCUGUAGAAAGCAAGGCUAGAGUGAAGAGAUCAAGAUCAAGAAACGGUUUCUUGUAGCGUUCUUUUUCUCGUAUAAAUUUACUACCGUGGA